UUCCGGGUCAGUCCCCAGGGGACUGAGAGAGAGCUCAGCAUUAGCCAAAUGAAGAGAAAUAGAGGGGACCUUGGCUGGUGUUGUUGAAAUCAGGCUACAGGACUCAUUUGGAGCCUUUAUUGUAAAACCAUGACCAGGCUUUCCCAAGAUAACCAAGAAUGCCUCCAGAAACAUUUCCGCAGGCCAUCCAUGCGGAAGCAAUUUCUGCCCCUGCAGAGGGCUGAGGCGUAUAAUGCAAACAUUCACCAAACCACAGAAAAAGAAGGGGCCACCGAGGCUGCGUAUGAUAUCAAGACAUUUCCCCCUGCACAGAUCCCAGAUUCACCCGCUGCCCCGAAGCUGCUCAGCCUCCUUUCUAGCACGCUCUCCAACCUCGCGCGGCUCUUCUCUCACCUGCUCCGGAGACCCCCUCCUGAGGCUCUCCAGCGGCGCCCAGACUUCUCUCUCCUGCUUCCCUCCCUGCCAGCCGCUGGACUCGCUCCAGGGCGCGAGGAGCGGCGGGGCCGCCUCUCGCUCCUGCUCGGGGCAGCUCUGACACUGCCUGGCCGACCCUCAGGGGGACGCUCGCCCCGGGAAGAGGAUGCCAGCGCUGGGCAGCGCUCGUCCAUGCCCCUGAUGGGCUCAGAACGGAGGGAGAUGCAGAAGCGACAGAUGUCUGCAGCCCAGGAGACAUCAGACUCCCUCCCGGGCCAGCACGGAGUGGGGAACCGAGGAUCCAACGCUUGCUGCUUCUGCUGGUGCUGCUGUUGUAGCUGUUCAUGUCUCACUGUUAGAAAUCAAGAACAGGGGCCCAGGAGGGCUUCCCAUGAACUCAGAAGAGACGACCUUCCAACCUGGGAAGAAAGCCCAACUCCUACUCUGGAAGAGGUCAGUGCCUGGGCGCAGUCCUUCGACAAGUUGAUGCUCACCCCAGCAGGAAGGAACGCUUUCCGCGAAUUCCUCCGGACAGAAUUCAGUGAAGACAAUAUGCUUUUCUGGAUGGCGUGUGAGGAACUGAAAAAAGAAGCUAAUAAAAGCAUUAUUGAGGAAAAGGCAAGGACAAUAUAUGAAGACUACAUUUCUAUUCUUUCUCCUAAAGAGGUCAGCUUAGACUCCCGAGUCAGAGAAGUCAUCAACAGGAACAUGGUGGAGCCAUCCCAACACAUAUUCGAUGAUGCACAACUUCAGAUUUACACCUUAAUGCACAGAGACUCAUAUCCCCGAUUCAUGAAUUCUGCUGUCUAUAAAGAUUUGCUCCAGUCCAUAUCUGAGAAAUCCGUUGAAACAUAGGAUGUUAUCAACUAUAUUUAUUAUUAAUAAAAUAAUAAAGACUCAUGGACUAUGUCUAGUACAGGGAAUUUAGAGGUAGCAGCCAGGGUCUUCUGCUGGUCUAAUACGGGGCUAUUUUAAUAACAGAUGCUUCCUUCCGCAGAAGGCUACAUGUUCACAGUGUAAAUUGCAGCCACCGUUAGUGCUACUUAUGAAAAAAUGGACAUGGCUGUCUUAGAAAGAUAGUAUAUUUACAUUUACAAUAACAGUGGCACGUUCUGAAUGGCAAGGGAUCCACUACAAGACUCCACCUACCUGGAGCAUGGACACCCACUGGGGCACCAGGACUGCUUUUCUUCUGCGUGAGUUCAGUACCUGAUUACUCUCUUCCCGAAGAAAAGACAUUCAGCUGUUUCUCAACUACCCCCUCAGUCCAUCAAGCUGAGUUUUGGAUAUUUCACUUACCAGGGCUAUUACAGGACCCAAAUUCCCAUUUCAUAAAGAUGUGACCACUUGUAAAAAAUGGACUUCCCCUUAAUCUGAGAUUAUAUGUAUGUAAUACAUAGAUGUGUGUGUGUAUCUAUCCAUGGUUAAUGUGAAGCACGGUGCUCUGAAGUGCAUCCAUCUCAAUGUUUGGUAAGAGAAGUAGUGCUUAGAAAAUUAUUUUGUUGAAAAUUUACCAUUAUUUUAUCAGAAUCUGCCAACCUAACACAUGAAUUUUUAAGUUCACAACUUGGUCAUGUUCCUAACAAAACUUUCAAAGAAGCAUAUUUCCAUUUUAUUCUUGAAAGAAAUGAGGGCAUUUUCACUCUAAAAAAUAAAGCA